AUGCCAGGCGGCGAGGGGUCCUCGAUCAAUCUCCUCGACCACCAUCAUCAUCAUCGCGCGUCGACCGCUGCCACCACGUCCACGACGGACGAGUGCGCGAAUGGCGAUGAUGUCAAAACCGGGACGAGCACCGGCGCGACCUUCACCAGCACGAUGACGAGCGCCCUAGCGGGCGACGGUCUCCGGCGCAGAAAGGUCAUACACGCGGCCCGAGAGACUCUCGACAAGGCAUCCCGUCUUUUGAGACGAAAAAUACCAUGUACAGGCCACUUAAUGACCCCCCGCCGCCUAUGGAUACAAAAGGUUCCUACUCAGGAAUGCGACGUAGUCAUGAUGUUCCCUAAUGGGGCGAAUGACGAGACCUUGAUGUGGUUUUUAGGACGGCUUCGGGCUGGAACCCCGGGGUUAAUAGUUCACGUGCGACAUCAUGCUUCAUCGGACAGUUACGGGUUUUACAUUACUGCACCUUUCGGAAUUCUACUCAAGGCUGCCGAGGAAGUGCAUCUACCGAAGGCUCUGCGACAGGAAUUUGGUGGUGGAUUCAAGGAGUUUGUCGGCUCUGAGGCUAAUUGCUUCGAGGGCAGCGAUGAUGAGAGUCGAUUCUUCACUACUCAAGAAAGACAGUCUCUAGUGCUGCACCUGCUUCAUACUUUGAGAGCGGGCCCACACGAUCUUCACAGUUUAUCUGGUCUUAAAAUGGUAGAGGGUCAAGCGAUCGUUCCAAAAUGCAUUUCGUCCGGUAUUAUUUCUCAGGUCUUCCCUCUUCAUGAAUUACCCGCAUUAGAAAAAUUGCAACGGAAUUGGGUUCGCGCGUUUCUUAGCCCACAGCCCUUGGAUGAUAUUUGUAAAUACUUCGGAGUGAAAAUUACCAUGUAUUUUGCUUGGCUGGGCCACUAUACCACCGCUUUAAUCGUUCCAGCUGCAGUGGGUGUCAUAUACUGGGUCGGCAUCAUCGGCAGGAACCAAGCGGUAGAGGAUGUGGCCUAUGUUCUGUUUUCGGUGUUCAACGUGAUAUGGGCUACCGUAUACUUGGAGACAUGGAAAAGGAGAGGCGCGGAAUUGGCGUACAGGUGGGGCACUUUGGAUCAGAGGGACGAUUUAUUGGUCGAGCCUAGACCUCUGUUUACAGGCACUUUGGAGAUUUCACCGGUUACAGGAAGACUGGAACCAACAUAUCCCAGAUGGCGUAGAAAUAUGUUUCGGUAUUUCGUGAGCGUGCCUAUCAUCGCAAUAUGUUUACUCUUCGUCUUCAUCGUUAUGAUAUUAAGUUUUCAGAUACAGGAUUGGUGGGACGCGCAUCUUGAAUCUGGAGGUUACGGAUUUUGGCUUAGUUACGUGCCAAAGGUUUUGCUCGCAGUGGUCAUUGCGCUAAUGGAUGAGGCGUACUUCAAAGUUGCGGUGUGGUUAAAUGAUUUGGAAAACUAUCGACUAGACACCGAGUACGAGAAUCAUCUGAUCUACAAAGUGGCACUGUUUCAGUUUGUAAACUCCUUCCUGUCGCUGUUUUACAUCGCCUUCUAUCUUCAAGAUCAAGAGAGACUUAAGGAGCAAUUGGCGGCUCUACUCAUAGCUCGUCAGGUGAUCGGCAAUCUAAAGGAAUCCGCGGUACCGUAUCUAAUCGAGCAGCUGCGAUUGGCGCGUCUAAGUUUUGAGUUAUUCGGAGCCUUGAGUCCUAGCGAAGCGAGGCCGCCCCCGAGUCAAGAAGGCGAAGAGGUACAAGGUGGUAAGGACAACGAGGAGAAGGAAGAUCGGCCCGAUAGCGGCAAAUCGAAGCAACCGCGAAAUGUCAGCCAAGCAGAAUUGGAGAGUUCCCUCUACAGAGUAGGGCAUCCCACUAAUUCUCUACUUAGUGACGUUACGUUGAAGUACGACGGGGCGUUUUCGGAGCACUUGGAAAUGCUAUCACAAUUGGGAUAUGUCUGUCUCUUCUCUUCAGCUUUUCCAUUAGCUGCGAUGGCUGCUUUACUUGGAAAUUUACUGGAAUUACGCGGGGACGCGUUUAAAUUAUGUUUCGUACUUCAACGACCUUUCGGACGUAGAGUCUCGAAUAUCGGCACAUGGCAAAAUGCCAUGGAGGCGAUGGGUCUGGUCGCCAUUUUAGUGAAUUGCGCCUUGAUUGGAUUAAGUGGACAAGUACAACGAAUGUUCCCAGAGAUGUCGGCAACGCAAACAAUCUUAUUAAUCGUAGCAUUAGAGCAUAUAAUGUUCGCUAUUCGAUUUGUGAUUAUUUGCGCAAUUCCCGACAUACCUCAUUGGGUCGCUACCGAGAUGGCUAAAGUCGAAUUUUUACGACGUGAGGCAGUUCGAAGAUUAUCCUCUACUCCGUCACCAGAACAACAACCAACAACAGUAAUAGCAGACGGAGAGAGUGAAGAGCAGCACUUGCUUUCUGAUCGCACCGGUUACGCGACCACGUCCAGUCAAGCGGAUACCACGACCUUGGCUUCGACCACUCAUACACCCAGUGGACCGACAACGCCUAGUGCCGCGUCAGUGCCGAGGAUCGCGGAAACACCACCCACGGCUGAGACACCUGGUAGCGGCGGAAGCAGUAGCGAGACCAGUAGCCCAUUCCUACUUGAAAGCAAUUCCAGUAAUGUCACUCGCGAUAUUCGCAAUACGCCGAGAUGUUCCAUUCCAGGAGGCGAACGAGUAGGGCGACGCUCGAGAGAGUGGUUGACCAACGAGCCAGAAGCAUCAGGUGCAAGCGAUUACAGCCAUCAUCUAACUAUUGGACCGCACGGCGGUGUCGACUGGGUACGUCGAUUAGGUUUGGAGGCUGGUGGCCGGAAGUCGAGCGAUUCCGAAAUUAGCGGUGCCGGUACAGUAAGCGGACGGGACGAGGAAUUAACUUUGCAUAGAUCAACCGACUGCAUUGUUUCCAAAGAGCUCGCUUCUUCCUCAGAUAGCGAUCUUCUCAGGUCGGCACCACCGUGGGCCGUUGCUCACAGGAACCAGAAAUUCCGCUUUUCGCCAGAGAAGGAGAAAGAACGGGAGAAGAUGGAGAAACAGCAACAUCAGCAGCAUCAUUCGCGAGAAACGACACAUGAUCGCGAACGUGAUCGUGAUCGCGAACGUGAUCGUGAUCGCGAUCGCGAGCGGCAAUCCUAUCUCGCCGAGAAGGAGAAGGAUUCGAGUGGUCUAUCGGACUCCAGUAAGACCAUCUCGAGUCAGGAAGAGGAGAAACCAACAACGAAAGAGGAUCGGGAAGCGAAAAAGACACGCGUCAAGCAAAGCCUGAUGAAGCGGGCGCGCUCGGUAGCGAUCUUUUCAUUAAAGUUGAAGGAACGCCGCGCACGGGAGGCCGAGCUUAAGGCUAAGGAAGCGGAAAGGGAGGCUAGGUGGCAACAACCGCAAUCCUGCGUCGGCGGCGAACUCUCGUGCAUUCCCAUAGAAAAGCUUAUCUCCGUGGACGACAUUGCGGCCAUGGAAAUACGUCGGAUGAAUCAUUAGCCGCUUAAUUUGUCUUUCUCACACAUUUUCAUUUUCUCGCUACGUAGAGAACUGUUCAUGUGCCGGGACACGGAAUGCCAUUAUCUACAGUUCAAUGGCAAAAUUUAGACGGGAGAAAAAAUCGCGACAAAUGAGAAUAUAAUUUGGUGGUCGCGAAGCAAAAACGCGCGGAAAAAGAAAAGGCGCACAAUUUAUGAAUCAUCGCAGACAUAAGAUCUUAGACGUUUCAUUUAGAGAAACUUCCGUUCUCUAGGCUCAGGGCAUUGAACUGCGGCUCGCUUCGGUUCCGAAAUGGAGCAGACAGAUAUGAGGUAUUCUUAAAAAAGUUAUGAUAAUGUUUCACAAUGUGAAAAAAAUAAAAUUUGUGCUGCUUUAAAAAAU